AUGUCUGGCUGCGGCGCCUGUAGUUGCGGAGCGGUCGCCGCGCGGCUCAUCACUUCCUCGCUUGCCUCCGCACCGAGAGGUAUUUCUUGUGGUCGCAUUCAUAUACCCGUUUUAGGAAGGCUUGGGACCUUUGAAACUCAGAUUCUACGAAGAGUUCCUUUUAGAACCUUUACAGAAACACCAGCAUGCUUAGCCUCAAAAGAUGGGAUAAGUAAAGAUGGCUCUGGAGAUGGAAAUAAGAAAUCAGUAAGUGAGGGAAGCAGUAAAAAAUCAGGCUCUGGGAAUUCUGGGAAAGGUGGAAGCCAGCUACGCUGCCCUAAAUGUGGUGACUUGUGCACACAUGUAGAGACGUUUGUGUCAUCCACCCGUUUUGUGAAGUGUGAAAAAUGUCAUCAUUUUUUUGUUGUGCUAUCUGAAGCAGACUCAAAGAAAAGCAUAAUUAAAGAACCAGAAUCAGCAGCAGAAGCUGUAAAAUUGGCAUUCCAACAGAAACCACCACCUCCCCCCAAGAAGAUUUAUAACUACCUCGACAAGUAUGUUGUUGGCCAGUCAUUUGCUAAGAAGGUGCUUUCAGUUGCCGUGUACAAUCAUUACAAGAGAAUAUAUAAUAAUAUUCCAACUAAUCUGAGGCAGCAAGCAGAGGUUGAGAAGCAGACAUCAUUAACACCUAGAGAGUUAGAAAUAAGAAGACGGGAGGAUGAGUACAGAUUUACAAAAUUGCUUCAGAUUGCUGGAAUUAGUCCACAUGGUAAUGCUUUAGGAGCAUCAAUGCAGCAACAGGUAAAUCAACAAAUGCCUCAGGAAAAACGAGGAGGUGAAGUAUUGGAUUCUGCUCAUGAUGACAUAAAACUUGAAAAGAGUAAUAUUUUGCUGCUUGGACCAACUGGGUCAGGUAAAACUCUGCUGGCACAAACUCUAGCUAAAUGCCUUGAUGUUCCUUUUGCUAUCUGUGACUGUACAACUUUGACUCAGGCUGGAUAUGUAGGUGAAGAUAUUGAAUCUGUGAUUGCCAAACUGCUCCAAGAUGCCAAUUACAAUGUAGAGAAAGCACAACAAGGAAUUGUCUUUCUGGAUGAAGUAGAUAAGAUUGGCAGUGUGCCAGGCAUUCAUCAGUUACGGGAUGUAGGUGGAGAAGGCGUUCAGCAAGGCUUAUUGAAACUACUAGAAGGCACAAUAGUCAAUGUUCCAGAGAAGAAUUCCCGCAAGUUACGUGGAGAAACAGUACAAGUUGAUACAACAAACAUCCUGUUUGUUGCAUCUGGUGCUUUCAAUGGUUUAGACAGAAUCAUCAGCAGGAGAAAAAAUGAAAAGUAUCUUGGAUUUGGAACACAAUCAAAUCUUGGAAAAGGCAGAAGGGCUGCAGCUGCUGCAGACCUUGCCAAUCGAAGUGGCGAAUCAAAUACUCACCAAGACAUUGAAGAAAAAGAUCGAUUAUUACGUCAUGUAGAAGCCAGAGAUCUCAUUGAAUUUGGCAUGAUUCCUGAGUUUGUGGGACGGUUGCCUGUGGUAGUUCCUUUACAUAGCCUAGAUGAGAAAACACUUGUACAAAUACUAACUGAGCCACGUAAUGCUGUUAUUCCUCAGUACCAGGCCUUAUUCAGCAUGGAUAAGUGUGAACUGAAUGUUACUGAGGAUGCUUUGAAAGCUAUAGCCAGAUUGGCACUAGAACGAAAAACAGGUGCACGAGGUCUUCGGUCCAUAAUGGAAAAGCUAUUAUUAGAACCAAUGUUCGAAGUCCCUAAUUCUGAUAUUGUAUGUGUGGAGGUUGACAAAGAAGUAGUAGAAGGAAAAAAGGAACCAGGAUACAUCCGGGCUCCGACAAAAGAAUCCUCUGAAGAGGAAUAUGAUUCUGGAGUUGAAGAAGAAGGAUGGCCUCGCCAAGCAGAUGCUGCAAACAGCUAA